GUAGACCUCCGUCCGGGACGAAAACAGGCAGUAAUAGACGGUUAGAGAGGGCACCGGGAGGCGGGCUCAGACGGACCGGGACAGACCGGGACCGGAGGGUUUGAGCCGUGUCGAAGCGGAGGACGGGCUGUGGUGGGAUUUGCUCCUCGUCCAGGGGGACUCUGUGGCCAAAGUGGGUGGAGCCAGAGUUUGCUGUGUGGGCAGAGUCAUAGCAAACACAUAAGAGAUGUGAAGCUGAAGGAUCGGAGGAGCCGUCACUCAAACCCAAGCCAAUCACCACACAGUCUGCAGGACCAUCAUGCAUCUGAAGUCGUACCCGAAGCUUGUGCGCUCAGAGCUGCGUUUGGAUCCGAUCCCGACGGCGUCCCAGAGGUCCACUCUGUUCGUGGGUCAGCAGGGGGCGCUGCUGAGAACCUGUGCCGGUCACCAUGGCAACGUCAGCGGUGGGCGUCUGCCGCUCAGCGUCAUCUCCACCAACACGCUGAGCUGCUGCAACAACAACAACAACAUGAAGGGCAGGAUGAAGCUCCUCCCAUCGCCGCUGCCGCCGCCUGGACGUGAGAACGAGGCACUGGGUUUGUACCAGACGACCGCUGCAGAGACUGCCGAUGCCCCGCUGGACGUCUGGACCGUCAUCAAACCUGGGAACGUCAGGGAGAAGAUCGCCAUUUUUGCCUCGGAUGGCGCUGCCUGCAGUGAGCAUUCCAAUGCCAGUGGCUGCAGAACAACGCCAUCAAGUCCAAACCACACCCCCACGACAGGACCGACCCGCGCCACCAAGGCCAAAGGAAGCUGGGAGGAGAAUGGCAACGCCAAGCGGCGCCGCAGGUCAGGAAGCAACCAGAACCUCCUGCAGCAACACACCAAUGUACUGCCACAACACUUGGAACCGCCCCGGACUGAGGAGGCGGAGCCAGAGGACGACCCCAAGGUGUCUGUGGUGGAAAUGGUGGCAUUUCUAGAGCAGAGAGCCACCGAGCAGCAGGUGGACGCCAAACCGCUGCUCGCCAUCCAGAGGAGCUCUGCCUCCAUCACACUGUCCAGAGCCCCGCCCCCUGAGACCAGGGGGGAGGAGCCAGAGAGUGUCCGGGUGUUGGACAUGGUGGCGCGGCUGGAGUCCGAAUGCCUGCGGCGGCAGGCAGAAGGUGAGCUUUCGAGGAGCAGCAGUCUGAGGCGGACUGUGGGCCGCGUCCUGCUGGCAGCCGCCACCGCCGCCAGUCAGCACAGUCAUGCCUCCUGCCCGCCUUCAUCAGGAGAGCCAGUCGGCUGCUCAGAGAAAACAGAAACCCCACCUCCUUCAGAUGAUGCUGCUGGUUGUGAGGGGAAGAGUCAGACAGAAAAGAAGGGGGAGGAGGCGGAGCCAGAGCCUGUGCCUGGUUUGUUGUUUUGUCUUCAUCUCUUCACACAGACUCUGCCCUUUGUCACCAUUGGACACACCCACAGACUCAGGACUGUCCCGCCUCUUUUGUACUCAUCUGACUCCAGCAGCCAAUCAGAGAAGCAAAAGCAAAACCACGGUUCUGAUGUUCCGAGUUCGUGCUCCGCCAUGGCCGUUCUAAUGCCCGUUUCACGACGCCCGUCAGCGUCGCAGGACUUCCUGUUGAUGCGUCAGCGGCUGCAGCAGCUGCUGGAGCCACAGCCGUACCUCGCUGUCCUGCCGCACCCACUGCUAGUCUCCAUCUUCGUGCUGCUGCCAACGCAGAGCCUGGCGGCGCUCAAGUGCACCUGCCACUACUUCAAAUUCAUCAUCGACAACUACGGCGUGCGCCCGGCCGACUCGCUGUGGGUGUCCGACCCCCGUUACCGUGAUGACCCCUGUAACAGGCAGAAGCGCUAUGGCCGCGGCGAUGUGUCGCUGUGUCGCUGGCAUCACAAGCCGUACUGCCAGGCGCUGCCCUACGGCCCGGGGUACUGGAUGUGUUGCCACGGUGCCCACAGGGACACUCCUGGCUGCAACGUUGGUCUCCACGACAACCGCUGGGUGCCGGCAUUUCAUAGCAUUAACGUGCCGAUCUACAGGGGGCGCCGCGACGGCGUCGCCAACUGUACAUGUGACCUGAGACGGUUCUCCUUAAAACGGUUUCUGAGUCAGUUCAGAACCUGAAACAGAACCGCAGCGCCACACCCCCUGCUGUUAAAGCCCCGCCCCUUCCUCUUAGUGCUACCUGAUAGGCUGAGGUCAGGGUGGUAGGAGUCUUGGCCAGGACUCUUCUACUGUCAGAGUAACGACGUAAAGACGGUGACGCGAUGAAAUCAAACGAUGCGACUUGACAUGAGGUUCGUCAUGUUCGUUGUGCAUUCUGAUAGAAGCCACGCCCUCAGGUAAACGAAUGCCUGGCACCGCUGCAUCACACCAUUCACAUCUUGUGUCGUUGGUUUGUUCAAAUAUGGCUGAGUUUAUUUCUGUUUGGUUCAAAGCUGUCAGGUGGGUCUGGGGUGGGGCUUUGCAGUGGGUGGGGCUUUGUUUGUAGACUUUCUCUGCACCUUGUUUGUGUUUACAUUUGUACAUAAAUCAUCCAGAGUUUAUGAACAAGGGAUUGAGUUUUAGCACGUGUGUGUCCUGAACGUCCAAUCAGCCGCUGAGUGAUAAUCACAUGACCUUUGUUCUUCUAAUUAUUGUGAUUUAAUCGGAGGAGGAAGAGGAGCUGAUGCCUUCAGUUGAAGAUGAUGCAGUACGGAAAACAGAGAUUAAAAGAGGAUCAUGGAGGAGAAAAAAAAUGGCCUUUGACCUUCAGAAGGAGGUUUAGUUUUAAGGUUUGUGGGGGGGUUUUGUGUCUUGGUCCUUGUUUUGUUCAGUUUUGAUUUAAUAAAGUGCUUUUGAGGGUUCGGGGUUAAAAUGAAAAAGACUUUUAUUUCUCAUCACAGUGAGAAACACGAAACAAUAAACAAAUAUCCACAACA